GAGAGAGAGAGAGAGAGAGAAAGGGAAGGUGGGUUCACUGUGUGUGUGUGUGUGUGUGUGGUGGGGUGUUUAGUUUGAGUGAGUGAAGACUAUAAAAGAGAGAGAAAGAGAGAGAGAGAGAGGCAUGCAGCAGCACCUGAUGCAGAUGCAGCCCAUGAUGGCAGCCUACUAUCCCAGCAACGUCACUACUGAUCAUAUUCAACAGUAUCUUGAUGAAAACAAAUCACUUAUUCUGAAGAUUGUGGAGAGCCAAAACUCCGGAAAAUUGAGCGAAUGCGCCGAGAACCAAGCUAGACUACAGAGAAACCUGAUGUACCUUGCCGCCAUUGCUGAUUCACAGCCUCAACCUCCCACCAUGCAUUCUCAGUAUUCAGGUGGCGGAGGCGGCGGGGGAGGAAUGUUGCAGGCGGGCCCACAUUACAUGCAGCAGCAGCAGCAUCACCACCAGCAAGGCCAACAGCAGCAGCAGCAGCAGAUGACGUCGCAAUCUCUUAUGGCCGCUCGUUCCUCCAUGCUGUACGGUUCGCAGCCUUACCCUUCUCUUCAACAGCAGGCCUUGCACGGCCAGCUCAGCAUGGGCCCAGCUGGCGGAAGCGGCGGCGGUGGGUCCAUGCUGCAUGGUGAGUCCCACGGGCUCGGUGGAUAUCCCGACUUCAUCCGUGGCGGUAACAAUAAGCAGUCGUCUGAUCUUGGCGGUAAUGAAGGGAGGGGGGGCGGAAGCGACCAUCAUGGGGGUGAAAACCUCUAUUUGAAAAGUGCCGAAGAUGGAAAUUAAAAGGUAUGCCUCGUCAACUUGUCGAUUUUGAUUUUUUUUUUUAAUUUUAAAAAAGACGUUCGAACUUAGGUUAUGUAUUAACUAGGGAGUUUGGGUGUUUUUUGGUUUGAAUUGUUAAGAGUUGUGUUACUAGUGAUGGACUUGUAUUAAUGUAAUGUAUGAUGAUGUAGUGGUUGAUGUUUUAAUUUUGGUAAUUAAGUACUAAUGAUGUGAUAUUAUAUAUCAUAUGUAUGUAUAUUUUCUUGUUU